AUGGUUAUCUGUCUCUCCGGCUCACACAAGAUAGUUGAUGCGACUUCUAUCCUCAAUUUUGUGAAUGAUUGGUCAGCUAUAGCUCGUGGUGGCUUUGGCACUCAUGACGAUGAACUAAAGGUUGCAGUGGUUGACAAGCCUUGUUACAUAUUUUCAUCAAUGUUCCCACCAACAAGUCUCGACAACCAAAAAGAAAAAGAUGCUGCAGAAGUCCAACUUGUACCAGAUCGAAUUAAAAUAGUGACUAAAAGAUUUGUUUUUAAGGAUUCUAGUAUAGCUAACCUUAAGAAAAAGUGCAUCCACUUAAACACCAAUAAUGAAUCAGAUCAUCAGGUUGAUAAGCAAGAGCAUAACAAGCAGCAGCUUCCGUCACGUAUUGAAGCGUUAACAUCCCUUAUAUGGAUGUGUUUCAUGGAUGUGGAUCAUCGAUUCAAAGUAAAACAAAUAGACGAUGCUGUCAGCCCUGUCAGUACUGUAAAUGCGGUUUCUCUUCCAAAGCAGGUGCAGUACAUAGCAGGAUUUGCAAUAAAUUUGAGGAGUAGGACGAUUCCACCGUUGCCGACCAAUAGUUUCGGGAAUAUGACUGACACUGCAAUUGCAGAAAUACCCCUUAACCUAACUGGUAGUAAUCAUUUUAACAACGGGAAAGGUAUUCGUGAUCAAAGCCAAAACUAUCCAGAGUUGGUGUCCAAGAUUAGGGGUUCCAUAAAGUUGGUCGACAAUGAGCACGUGAAAGCCAUGAAAAGCAACUUUGCAAUCUCAUGCAAUCAUAUAAAGAUGCAUCAGAUGUUGCAGGAAGGAGGUACACUUAAUGAUGAUCAUAAGACGAUUUUAAUGUUCAGCAGUUGGUGUAGGUUCCCCAUAUAUGAAGCAGACUUUGGUUGGGGAAAACCCAGUUGGGCUAGCAUUUCUAAACUACUUUAUAAAAAUUGUGUUAUGUUUACCGAUGCAAGUUCAGGGGAUGGAAUAGAAGCAUGGGUAAGGUUGAAAGAGGAAGACAUGGUUGAAUUUGAACGUCACGAGGAACUUGUUGCAUUUGCUUCUUAA